CGCAAGGUACUAUGCUUCCACUCAUUAUCUACCAUUUCUAGUUCGCGUCUGCCUCACAUUGCCUUUCGAGAGACCUAUUUUCCCUGAGAAUACGAUGGUGAAGUUUUGUAUGAUUGGAUUCAAAUUACGCCUUCGAACUUCUUUAUGUUUGUGUCCGUGAUUUGAUGAAUUUUGUGUCUGCCAUCGUCUUCUUGUCACGAGGUUGCCUUAGAAUUUAGCUGUAAUGCGGUGCGAAAAUUCUAGCAUGCGAGCGUCUAUCCCUUAUCUGAGGAGAAUUGUGUUUACUUUCUGUCAAUCGUUUAAUAUGUGUAACUGGCAGUUGUUUGAAGAUUGUGCGGCUUUACGUCUGAUUGACUGGGUUGCCUAUAUGUUUAUACGUAUAUGAUGAUGAACUCGAUAGUUUAUGGUCCAUGUUUUCAAGUGUUGCAGCUCGUGUUGGAAGUGAAGGAGAAACUCGAAAGAGAACAUUCUAGUCUUCCUCUUGGUCGGAAUGGACGGGACGAUGAAGAGAUGAUCCUCUGGUUUCUGAAGGAUCGAAAGUAUUCUGUUGAAGAUGCGGUUGCAAAAUUAACGAAAGCAAUUAACUGGCGUCAGGAAUUUGGAGUAGAUGAACUGACUGAAAAUUCAGUAAAGGGAAUGGCUGAAACUGGGAAGGCAUUCGUCCAUGAGUUUCUUGAUGUCAAUCUCCGGCCGGUACUCAUAGUUGUGGCUUCCAAGCAUUUACCUGCAGUCCAUGAUCCUGUUGAGGACGAGAAACUGUGUGUGUUCUAUGUAGAGAAGGCACUGAGCAAGCUUCCACCUGGAAAAGAAGAAAUACUUGGAAUAAUUGAUCUGCGAGGAUUUAGUAUUGAGAAUGCAGAUCUUAAGUUCUUGACAUUUUUGUUUGAUGUGUUCUACUCCUACUAUCCGAAACGGCUAGGUCAAGUCCUCUUUGUGGAAGCUCCAUCUGUGUUCAGACCACUAUGGCAACUUACCAAGCCAUUAUUAAAAUCAUAUGCCUCUCUGGCGAGAUUUUGUUCCGUAGAUACAGUCAGAAAGGAAUACUUUACUGAAGCUACACUGCCUGCCAUCUUUAGAAACUGAGGAAUUUUGUCACUCUCGACAAACAGGUCCUUUGCUUGCUGCUUCUGCAAUAUGGUGGGGACGAUCUGCUGAAGCAAAUAUUUCAUACGAAUGAAAUUCUCCCCCCUCAAGUUCUAUGUUCUGAUUCGAUACAUGACGGGGAAUUCAGAGAUUUUCAAGUAUGGGUUCAAAACUGGAGUAUGGAGGUAAGCGAUCCCACCUAAAGGAAGUUCAAACACGUAAAUUUUUAUUCUUGUAUCAUGUUAAAUUGUCACCAAGUGUACUUGAUUUUUUUGAGUAAAGAAAAUAAUCACAUUUGCGUGCUCCCUCUAAUUAUCUAGAUUUGU